AUGAGCAUGAUCACUAAGAGUUUGUUUCUUACCUGGUCCGUUGUAAAUUGCUUCGGCGAUAGAAGUUUGCCAGGAAUUGAUGUAUCGACGUUCUCUUUCUCGACAAUAGAGCAUGCUAUUGCCUGUGGAAACUUUUUCAAGUUAAUCGAUUUCGAAGAGCUGACAAGAGGGGACGAAGUUCUUUCAUACAACGAUAAAACUGGCGAGUACGAAUGCACGACGAUAAUUGGCAACUAUAAAAAAACAUACAGAAAACUUGCGUAUAUGAAGCACGUGAAAGCAGAAGAUGAUUGGGAAAUUCGACUGACGCCAGAUCAUCUCGUCUACGUCGCUGUUUCUGGAGGAGCGAAACUCAAAGCUACCAAGUCGUUGAAGAUCGGUGACAAAUUGAAGACGAAAUAUGGCGACUUCGAAAUCAAAAAAAUAAGCGAUACGAUGGAAUUUCCGACCGCGCCGAUCACUGAAAACGCAAAUAUCCUCGCUGGUGGCACUGCUGCUUCUGUUCUCUCUCUAAAGCAGGCUGAAAUUGGCAAACAUCUGAUCAAAACGAUGCAUGAGGUACUGACGCAGCUGGACUACGUCGGAUCGAAGGCGGACGAACUCCUGACUUCUAUGUUUGAUGCUGCUGAUCACCACCGAAACGCAUUCCUCAAAGGGGAAAAAAUGCUUGCUAACUUGACAGCGAUUCUGGACAAAGACGAAGUGCAACUGAGUGACGAGACAAAAGUCAAAAAGCUCUUCGACGCGUUCGACAGAGAGGAUCACGAAGCGAUUCGCCGAAAAGAGCAAGAGCUCUUCGAGGAGUGGAAACGAGCGCGAGACGCGGAAGGUGCCAGAAUUGAAUUGUGA